AACUAGAAAUCUUCUGAUUUAAGCAAACUUUCAAUUCACGUGUCGUGAGUACCACCGUUUACGUACAGCAAGCUCCAACAAGGAUAGACUAGCCACUCUAACAGCAAUGCGUUUCUCACCCCGCGACCCUAAUCACGAGAAACUGGCUUCAUUUUGAAGUUCAUUUCCUUGAUCCUGGCAAACUUCUGAGUCUCAUUUGUAUUCAGAGAACCGAGCUUUUUAGAGCUGAAAGAAGGUAGUCAUGAUCCCGAAUACUUAUUUUUUGCUACUCGGAGCCAUCACUGUAGUGGUAGCUCAAUUGAGUGAAUACCAACCGGAAGAAAGCCCUUAUUCGUACAAUGAAAUCACUCCAGCCAACGACCCCAAUAACCCAUGGGCAAAUUACCAGCAACAAGCUCAACAACAACCCUUGUACUCUUCCUUCUCUAAUGUGAACCGUCAAGACAUCUUGAAUAAUCCGGAGGCCGUGGGCAUUGUGGCCGUGGCUGUGGUGGGAGCCGUGGCAUUGGGUGCGACCGCCUUGAGUUUGGCCGAUGCCAGAGAAACCAAUGAACGAUUAUCCCAACGACAAGCUCAGAUUUGCUCCGACGGCAAGGCUACCGCCGGUCAAUUGACUACUCUGGCCAGACAAAUACUUAUGUUUGUUCCUGUCUUGCAAGCCCAAGACCCCCCCUUUGCAGCACUGGCACCGCAAUUAGAAAGUUCGAUGGAAUCUAUCAUCUCGUCAAUCCCCACAAUCAGUUGUUAGAUACUCUCAUAGAGUUGCGUGCUACGUGUGGCAUUCCUCAUUUCCUAUGCAUCUUUGUAAAGCUCUAUACCAAAGCCCAAGGAAAAUCAAAGAAUGGCCUUUCGAACAAAAACUGGUUAUCUUCUCAUAACCUUCGAAGACGGACUCAUUAUGUCUUUAUUCAUUUCACUUUUUAUUCAAAAUGUUACUACAAUCAAAAGCCUCACUGAAAAUUAUUAUGAGCCUCUUCGCCCUUUUCCAAGAUCAUUCAGAGAAGGGGGCCAAGAGUCUCAUUUUGUACUUUGAACUCUGAUCACUGAUUCAUAAACUGUAUGUACGAAGCAUAUAUCGUUCGGGAUACUUUUUCUGAGCUUUGCAAAGUUCGGAAGAAAAUCGUAAUCGUUUUGAUCCAAGUCAAGAUUGUUGUCAUCUAUGAUAUGUUUUUGUUUUUGAAUGGCCUCGUGUUUUAGAAACAUGCAAAUAUCUCUAGAAAAUAUACUCGCCUUAGGUUUUUUUUAUAACAAUACACUUGCUUAUCGUUUAUAACCUGUACGAAAC